UUUUGACGGUCUCUAAAACUCAUUCGUUUUUUAAGCAAGUUGGCAUGAUCAUAUUAAAAAAGUGUUGCCAAUCACUUUAAAUCAGCUGUUGACUUCGUAUUGAAUGUUUCUUAGUUCCGUGCAAUAAUUUAGUGACUGAAUUCUGGUCCAAAAUGUCGGAAUCCGCGUCUGUUUCGCCAUUCCCGCCGCCCCCGCCACCGGCGAUAACGAAUAGUUGCCGGACAUUUUCAGAAAAAGAUAGCGUAACCAUUGCUGCGGUUCGAAUAACGACCAACGAUGAGUGCAGCUGGGCAACGGACUAUCCGGACCUGCAGAAAGGUUGUUUUCUUAGUCGUGUAUGCCAAUACACACAACCCAAGAGAUGCCAAUAUACUAUCAUCUCAAGCAUCCUACAAAUAGGGCCCACCUGUGGAUUAACAGCUCUAAGUAUGUUACUUAAUGGGCAGACAACAGCUACGGAAUUGCUUGCAGAUGCCAGUACACAAAAGUACACAAAAAAUGGUGAAAUGUUCAGUGCUCUAUAUUUAUUCGAAUUGGUGAAGAAGCAUAUAAACAGCCCAUUAGAAUGCCAAUUUCACGAAGGCUCUUUAGAUUGUGAUAAGAUCAAGGACCAACUGUAUGCUGGAGCGUGUUUAUUGGUUCCGUAUGAUGCCGACGUCAAUCAUGCGCCCUGCCAAAGAUCUGGCCACCGCGCUCACUGGGCACUUAUUGUGGGAUACCUAAUUGAUGAUCAGAAUGAGUUCUACGUGGUGGCACGCCAUGGUAAGACACGUAACCUAGCUGUUUGGUCCUUGGUUGCCUUAAGCGAUAGCAAUGCCAAUCUUGUGGAAUUUGCGCAUCCUAAGGGUCACGAAGACCUCACAUUUCUUUUGCCCCCUGGCGGCAUUGACGGUGACCUAGGACUGAGAAAGCGCUCAAUUGUAGUCACCAAUCUGCCAUAUCAAAUGGUUCAAGUCUUUUAAUGCUAUAAUUGUAAUG